GCAGCCAAUGGGCUGGGGCUGCAGCUGCCGGGCCCAGGUGGCGGGCGAGCGAGCGAGCGGGCAGCGCCUCCCCGUUCCCUCCAGUCGCCUCCGACGCUCCCUCGCGAGGCGCUGAGGGGAGGGGGGCAGGAGACGGAAAUCCUUCCCCGGGGCAGCGAGCAGGGAUUAGCGCCGUCGGUGGGAGAUGCCCCGCUAGUAACCCCGGCGGCGGCGCCGCCGCCAGGAGCGCCUAGCCGCCUCCCCCUCCUUCCCCGUCUGGGCUUGCAGGUUGCGCCUGCUGCUGCUGCUGCGGGCGGGAUCUCGAUGGGCCGGGACGGCCGCCAGGGCCUGCGCUGCUGAGGGCAAGGUGCUCCUCCUGGCUCCCCCGUCUCUGCCCCCAAAUGACCCUGCGCUCGGCCGAAUCCGCGGAUGGUGCCGCCGACCGGGCUGGAGGGGCUGCGGCGGAGCACGCCGAAGCGGACCGCCUGGACGCUGCCAUGCGGGAGCUGAGACGCUCAGGAUGGUACUGGGGUAACAUGAGUGUUGCAGAAGCCAAAGAGAGAUUACAAGAUACUUCUGAAGGGACUUUCUUGGUCAGAGACAGCUCGCACUCGGAGUAUUUGCUUACUAUUUCGGUAAAAACAUCAGCGGGACCGACCAACCUACGUAUAGAAUUUCAAGAUGGGAAAUUCAGACUGGAUUCUAUCAUCUGUGUCCGAUCAAGGCUCCGGCAGUUCAACAGUGUGGUCCACCUGAUUGAAUAUUAUGUCCUUAUGUGCCAGGACAGAAGUACUGCCACUGAGAUGCCUUGCAAUGGAACAGUCCAUCUUUAUUUGAAUAAACCCCUCUACCAUUCGGCUCCCUCUCUGCAGCACCACUGUAGAAUAGCUAUUAACAGGUACACAAAAGAGAUCCAGGAACUUCCUUUACCAACAAGACUAAAGGAAUACUUGAAAGAUUAUCAAUAUCAGGUAUAAGUAUAUCUUCUACCCUGCCACCAGAAAACCUAUUUUAUGAUUUUGGUGA